AGAAAUCAGCGAGUACCGGAGUAUCAAUAAAUCUUCUCUCCAAGAAAGAAUCUAGAACACUGUGUCAGUCCAGAAAUUUCUUCGCUUCGUUCUUCGCUAUGAAGUUCAUCGUCAAAUCCUGAGUCUAUCAAUGCAUUUGAGUGUGUGAUUCGAGAUUUCUGGAUUCGCAUUUAAGCGUUGUGAUCCUAUUGGAUGCUAUUAGUAGUAAAGAAGUGUAGUCUCUGGACUAUUGAUCGAUCGAGGAAGAUGAAGUUCAUAUCUUACUGAGCACUAGCAGGAUUAUAUCACUAUCACAAGCCAGAACUGCGCUCCAUUGGACACCCUACCUUGAUGAAAAGAGACCCACUCAUCUCUGGUGAUAGGGGAUAUACGUUUGUGCUGGAUACUGUGAAUGAUUCUGAGAGGGUAUGGAAGUUAAGGAUGUUGAAACCAGGGAUCACACCUUAACUCCAGCUAAGCUGUUCAGGGGUCUAUUAUGCUUGCUGGUGCUUCUUUUAACAGCAUUUAUGAUGUUAGUAUAUUAUGGUUUUAUCAGUGCCAUUUUUGUCCGAGUAUUCAGCAUACAUUAUAGCCGAAAAGCUACUUCCUUCUUCUUUGGUUCUUGGUUAGCUCUGUGGCCUUUUCUAUUUGAGAAGAUUAACAAAACAAAAGUUAUUUUUUCUGGAGAAGUGGUUCCUGCAAGGGAACGUGUCUUGCUUAUUGCAAACCAUAGAACUGAAGUUGAUUGGAUGUACCUGUGGGAUCUUGCAAUACGAAAAGGACAACUAGGAUACAUAAAGUAUAUACUUAAGAGCAGUUUGAUGAAGCUACCAGUAUUUGGUUGGGCAUUUCACAUAUUAGAGUUCAUCUCUGUGGAAAGGAAAUGGGAGGUUGAUGAAUUGACAAUGCACCAAAUGCUUUCAACUUUCAAGGAUUAUUAUGAUCCUUUCUGGCUUGCCCUUUUCCCGGAAGGCACUGAUUUCACUGACCAGAAGUGCAUUCGGAGUCAAAAGUAUGCAGCCGAGAAAGGCUUACCCAUAUUAAAAAAUGUUUUGCUUCCCAAAACAAAGGGUUUCCGUACAUGCUUACAUGAUUUGAGGAAAUGUCUGGAUGCAGUUUACGAUGUGACCAUCGGCUAUAAACAUCGAUGCCCUUCUUUAUUGGACAAUGUCUUUGGAUUGGAACCUUCUGAAGUUCAUAUACACAUCCAACGCAUUCCCCUUCACCACAUUCCAACUACAGAAAAUGAAGUUGCCAAUUGGCUAAUGAACACAUUCCGCCACAAGGACCAAUUACUUGAGAAAUUUCAUUCUCAAGGCCAUUUUCCCCAUGAAGGAACAGAAGGGGAUCUCUCAACAUUGAACUGCCUUGUUUCAAUCAUCACAGUAAUGCUCCUAACAUCCAUAUCUACAUACUUUACCUUUUUUUCUUCCAUCUGGUUCAAAAUCUACGUAUCAUUAGCCUGUUCCUUUCUUGCAUUUGCUACUCGUUUUAACAUUCGACCAAUGCCAAUUUUUGGCCAUAAAAAAUCUUCUUGAAACUGGAUGGAAGUUGCGUAUGUAUGUGUAUUUGUUAGAAAAUGUUGUACGAAACUAUAUAUAGAGCUGUCAUGUCGAUCAAAUAUUCUAGUGUAAAAAAAUGUUCUAUUAGCAAGUUUUGUAGAAUGGACCCUCUCUUUACUAUUAGAAAAAUUGGAUUUGCUCUCAUA